CGGUGCUGACCAGCGCCGUGGGCGCCGCUGCCGCCGCCGCCGCGAUUUGACUCAAAGAGUUUCUCGCCUUCGCUCUGACCCCCGGACACGGUAUGAACUCCACCCGCCAGCAGAACUCGUCCUUUGAUGUCACCCAAAGUUUAGAAGAGGAGCCACUAAUAGAUCACCCACUUCUCCAUGCCGAUGUUCUGGUUGGUGAUCUGAGGCCCUAUUUCCAAAGUUUGUCAACAGUAUGGUGGAGUGUUCUCUUAACAAUUCUGCACGUGGUGUUUGUUGCUUUGUCAUUUACUCUAGCCUUUGUAUGUAAUCCAUCCACUGCCGCUUGUGAAAAAGUCAUUCUGUUAGAAGUUCCAAAGAUAAUUAUUAUGGCAAAGACUUGCCUAUGGGCUCUCCUUGCUCUCUUUGGGUGGUAUGUUCAUGCUCAGCACUCCAAGGUGAGGAAUAGAGGAUAUCUUGCACUGUAUCGCUCCACUCGGCAUCUGAAGCAUCUGCCCAUCUUUAUCCAUUCUACAGGUAAUACAGCUCUUCUGCUUGUCCAAGCUGCAGUUGACAAUAAAAGUCUGAAUUUAAACAUCACUCUUGGGGUCCUGGCGGUUGAACUCUUCUUUUCUUCGGCAUGCCUCAUCAUUUACACAGAUAAGAUCGUAAAAUUUAAUCGCACUAAGCCAUAUCCGGAUAUCCAGGAGGAAGAGCGACGUCAUGGAUACCCUAAUGUCACUAACAUCGUGUCUGAGACUGGAUUCAGGGAUGGAUCAAGCAUGGAAAACCUUGUGGAAAAGCAAGCCGACCUCAUUGAUUACUUAACAAUGCACAACGUGCAGCUGAGUAAAAGACUGCUGAGCUUAACCACACAACAGAUAAGAGAGUAACGCAGGAGGAGAAGUAGAAGAUUGCGAGUUACCAAAGAAUAAAGAGGCAGAGCUUGUGCUCCGGACUAGUUAUCUGUCAGUCCUGCCAUAAACUCUUCAUGAUAGGACAAAAAUGCGGUGUAAUGAAGCUUGUUUCGAUUUAUGGCUGAAUGAAGAUUGUAUUGUGAAGUCAGACUUAUCACUGGAGCCUGCAGAAGCGUCCAAAAGCUUAUGACAAACUUGAAAACACUAAGGAGGGGUUUUCACCUUCUGACAAGCUAUUGCUUACUUGCAUUAUCGUGAUACAAAAGUUUUCACCUUGGCUGACCUGUGCCACCCCACCUUUUCCCUCCUUCCCUGAUUUGUGUGAAAUUGUAUUAAUCUGUACAUGCUAGAACUGUUGAAAUCUUUCUUCCUCUUGUGAUCUUAACAUGUGCUACUAUACUUUGAGAUCAUUGUUGAAAUAUUCUAAAAAAUGUUGUGAACAAGUUUGAGGUAUAAAAAGAUGUGUGUGUUUUUUUAAAAAAGGCAUCAUUUGCCAGUUAAGUUGUAAAUGUCCCAGUUUUUUGUUUUGAAUAAUGAUCCCAUCAACACUUCAGUGUUGAGAUCAAUGGAUAGCAAAAUUCCACUGAGCACUGAAAACAGCUGUCUGAAAUGAAGUGGGAAAUGACAAACUUGUCUAUCUUUUCUGAUAUAAUGAUGUGAAAAUUGUCAGCUAUACAUUGGAAAUGUUGCUUGGUAUUGAUUGCUGGAUAAUAAAUAUUUUCCUAAGAUCUCGUC